GGCAGCGCCGGGGAGGGACACUUAACAACACCGAUUCUAUUCAUACAUAGGAAAUAUUUAUAUAUUUCUAUCUCGUUUACUCGUAUUGAGAAAUAAUCAAAUGAAUGGUGAACAAGCGAAAUGGAAAUACGUUUGAGUGGAAAUUAUUAUGAGCCAGGCCAGGCCAGUCGCCAUGUAGGAUUUUUGAUGUGGGUGUUGUGUCUCGGGAUGUCAAACGCUUUAGUGAUUAUUAUUUUCAAGUGAAUGUUGAAUUUGAUGCAACUUAUCAUCGGAAUAAUCUAGUUGUGAUUAAUAUUGAUGUUUAGUGGACAUAUUGUCUUGUGAUCGUGAACAAUUUGAGUGUGGUCAAGGCAGAUAAUGGACUGGUGGGGGGCUGCUAAAAUACUACGAUAGGAUAGUAACAACGUUUUACUACUCGAGAGGUGUUCGUGGUGCUAAUAAAAUUUCUCAUCUCGCGUCGGGCGAGUCGGACUUCCAUUUUGUUUUAUUAUGUGGUUUGAUCGUUGUUUAUAUUGUGCAUCGUGCCUGAGACAAUGGAAAGUGACGGUGAUGGACAAUGAGUGAUGCGCGGUAGCGGCUGGCGGUGAUGCAGCGCACGCACGCGGGCGGCGCCCCCCCGCCGCAUUCACACGCCCCGCCCCUCACACACGCACACCCACACUACCGGGCGCACGCGCAGGCGCACCCUCUCUAUGCGGACAUCGAUGAUCAGAUUCCAGCUUCGGUGAUCAGUAGUGUGGGAACGGUCAGUUUAUCUCAAUCAACAACAAAUCCAACCCCAAACAUCACAAUGGCCAACCCGACUAACCCUGGCACUGCUAGUAGCACUAGCAACGGCCAAGCUUCGGCACAACAAACUACAACAGCGCCAGUGCCGAGGAACCUGCCAAAGAAGCGCAAAUUCGAUCCAUCAGAGUUCGAGGAUAUUGAUCGGAAUUGCGUAUCCAAUAUCGUGUCGGCUCCCAGUUACACUACGCCGGUGUUGCCCUCUCCGAUCGUGAAACAAUCGCCACCGCCGUCCGAAUUGAAAUCGUACACAAUGUACCCAAAUAUAGAUUUAUCAGAGUGGCGCGAUCACAGGGUGUUGGCAAAGCAACGCGGUCUAUACGUCCCGGGUGUUAUCCGGCAGGCGGAAGGUUGUAAAGUGAUCGUAGAACUAGACGGGCAAGAGAACGAGCCAGUUGAGUAUUGUGAUGUGUUCGGUGCGAACAAAUACGAUGUGAUAAGUGAUGCCAGUCCGCAGCUCAGCCACUUACAGAUUGGCUCUGCGUGCGUGGUCCGGACCGCGGACCACAGUAGGGAGAGUGUUCAGAACAUAUUUAUAGAAGGUUUCGUGUUUGAAGUGCACAAUUCGCCUAUUAGGAUUCGUGUCAGGGUAUCUGAUGGCGAGGAGUGUAAAGACACGGUAGAGGUGAAGCGUGCAGACAUACGGCUGCUGCAGCCGCCGUGGGCCGAUGAGCUGGAGGACGCGGACUGCAAUGCCGCUGCCAUUUACCCACAGAUGCUGCGAGCACACCAUCCUCCAUCACAGAUCUGCGGUAACCACUUUUACACAUCGUCUCCGAUGGCGGGCGUGGUGGCAGGCGGAGGGUUAGCCAACGGCACUAUGGACGAGCUCCGCAAGCGCGCCUUCGACGACUACGGCGAGAGUGACGAUGAUCUCAGGAAAGAGGACAUUAUGUUCCCCACUGACGCUUCACAUAUGGAGUGUAACAACAGCAAGCGCAGCAGCCUGCAAAGCCGAGGCAGUACAUCCAGUCUGCUCGAGCGCAGUCUCACGCCACGAUCUCAACCACCCACUCCUAGAUCUCAAGCGGCCACCCCGCACAAGUACAAGAAGGGCGACGUGGUAUCGACUCCGACGGGCAUACGUAAGAAGUUCAACGGCAAGCAAUGGCGGCGGCUGUGCUCGAAGGACGGCUGCACGAAGGAGAGCCAGCGCCGCGGCUUCUGCUCCAGACAUCUCUCGCUGCGCGGCGUCGCGCGCUCCUCCAACACGCCGCUCGCGCACUCCUCGCACACCCCGCACCAGAGGAGUAGCAGUAAAUCCCUGUCGUCGAGCGGCACGUGUGUGGAAGGAGACGAGACCUCGCGUGAGUCGGACACCACUCCGCCGCACUACCGUGUUGCUGGACGCUUCGACCCCGACGAGACAGAGGCGGCCAACAUGCUCGUGUCUCUGGGUAGCUCGAGGUCUGGCAGUCCCGGUGCGUCACCGGUGGGAGGUUCAUCACCGGCGCUGCGCAGCAACGUGUUUGUACCCAUCUCCUCGCCUCAGCCGCCGCACGCGCCAGCACCGGCCUCGUAUCACAGCCUUAUCAGGCCAGAGCUAGUACGGCCGGGUAGAGUGAGUUCUCCUGUGAGCAGUGUUGCCACCAGUGUGAUCAGGGUGUCACCCGCACCUACCUAUCAUUAUCAGGUGGAAAACCGAAAUGGUCCCUCUACCCUUCAGUCAAAUAAUCUUAUCCAGUCCAGUGUUAUCGGAAUCCAAACAGGACUCAAUAUUCAAAACGUUCAAACAAGUCUAAACGCACCAGCCACACUACAGUCCAGUUUGAAUCUACAACCGAACAUGUCUCUCAAUUUAAAUGCGAAUUCCAUACGAAAUGCAAAAAUGGAUGACGUACCGCACAAUUUAGUCGUACAUAGAAACAUACCGACGUCAAACGGCAUUGAUUUAGAACAUAAUUUGUAUCGUGCUCAACCAUUACAUAUACGAAAUGGAUUAUAUGAAGCGUAUAGAAGAGACGAUGACCCAUCUUCGAUGAAUAAUCAUGAAAAUUUUGUGAAUAAACGAGUCUCGGAAUACGAGGAGGAUGAUCAUUCCGUACCUCAGACCGAAUGUAAAAUAAGCCGAGGUAUUUGUGAGCCCCGGCCUCUAGAACUGUCCGAGGCUCGAGUGUUUGAAGACAAGCGUAUAGUGAAGCCCGCACCGCUACAGGCGCGACCUCUCUCUAUGAUUGAUGCAGACUGCAAAGAUCCAAUAAAACGACUUUACGUCAUUCCACCUAAUUCACUGGAAAAGAAACUCGUUUUGAUAAAAAAGGAACCCUCGGAGACAAUUAAAUUGGAGCCGAAAACUCACCAGUUGUUGCAAAUGAGCAACAGUGAAGUGGAGACCGAGCCAAGAGUUAUCGACAACGGAGACCAUAUGAACAAUGUGGGCAACAGCGCUGUGAUAGUGCAUCCCAGUCAACUGCUGCCAGUACUGCCGCCGCCCACCUCACACACCGCCAUUAUUGUGUCAACAAGCGGUGUGUCGGGCGGCGUGUUCCCCUGGCAGUCGCUGGUGCCGCUGCUGAAGGCGGCCUCGCCCCCGCCCGCGCCCGCGCCCGCCUCCCCGCGCACGCCCCGCACGCCCCACACCCCGCACACGCCCCACACCCCGCGCACACCACACACCCCGCACACGCCACACCUCAAGUCAGAGGAGCAGAUCAAGGCGGAGAGUAAUGAAACCGUGACUUCAAUGUGCGCGGACGAGGACGACGAGGUUUUCGAAUGUGAAGACUCUGGUUCUGGCGGCGGCGAGGAUGCUUCCAAACGACGCACUCAGAGUCUCUCCUCACUAAACCAGAACUCCUCGGGCCCUGAAAAGAAGGAACGUCGUAUCCGGCGACCAAUGAACGCUUUUAUGAUAUUCUCGAAGCGUCAUAGACAAAUGGUGCACCAGAGACAUCCCAACCAAGACAAUCGUACUGUCAGCAAGAUCCUUGGAGAGUGGUGGUACUCUCUUAAGCCUGAGGAGAAACAAAAAUAUAAUGAACUCGCUAGUGAGGUGAAAGAAGCACAUUUCAAAGCACACCCGGAGUGGAAAUGGUGUAACAAGGAUAGACGAAAGUCAUCAAGUAGCAGAGAUCCCACGGGUUCUAUGCCACAGAGUCCUCGAACACCAUCGGAUGCAGCAAGCAGCGGUGUGGCCACCAGUGUAGCAGAUGUCCCGCAAAAUGUUCCCGUCUACAAUCACGUCUGCUCACCCCAGCUCAGUGAUGACGAUCAGAUGAUGGGUCAAACGAUGUCAGAAGAGGUACCAGCUCAGCAUGAGAUCGAGUUGAAAUGCGGUGAGAAGGUGACGGAUUCUGACUCCGAGGGUAUGGACACGCGGGACUAUGUGCCGCAAAUGGACCACACUAGACGACCUAAGCCUAUUAAAGCCAGUAUCCUCAGGGCGGGUUCGUCAGACAACCUUCUGGGUGGGAUAACAGCCUCCAGUCCGGGCGGCUCCAAAGUCUUCCAGCCCACUGGUGGGGCUUUCAAGUCCACGCAUGUUGAUACAGGAGAUAACCAUAGACAAUGGACGGCGUUCACAACCAUCAACAAAACAAGUUUGGCGAACCAAGUGCCAAGUUCACCGCAAGUGCAAACUAUGACCAGUACACAGAACUUGACCAACAGCGUGCAAGGCAUCUCUCUCAACACGCCCAAUCUAUCCACACAAGUAGCACUGGAUAAUGCCAUAGCUUCAAUAAUGAACUCGCCCACAUCGACUAGUGGUGUGCAAGUCAUAUCCAGUGGGAUAUCGAUACCGAAUCAAUCGAUGAGCCAAACUCCAACAUCGACAGCACUAAGCAAUGCGCUGCUAAAGAGUGUUACUCUAGUGAAGAGGAAUAUAGGUGAUAAUGCAACUGCUGGACCUAUAACACUGUCCGUGGACGCAUCCGGCAACCUCUUCACAUACGUGCAGUUGCAGAGGUUGUACGUCCCGUCCUUCGAAGCCGAAGUUGAUCCUAACAAGAAUCAACAUCAGAACGUGCAAAGCGGUGGCCAGUCUGUUAUUGUAUCACAAAGUAAUCAUACGGCGCCGAAAACUCAAUGGGAGAAUCCCGUGGAAGAGGCACGUCCCUUCCCCCUGGCCCCGACGCCCGCGCAGCUCGGCAGAGCGCCCCUACAGAAGAGACUUAGUCGGGGAACAUCCACGAGUUCGACAGGUAACGAGACGCCAUGUCGCAACGAGGUACAAACUACACACGAGAGUGCGGACUCGGAGCCGCUGCAGUCUCCCAAGAUGGCCGACAACUUGCCCAGUCCUUCGCUCAAGAAGAGUCUGUUCAAAAAGGGCAACGAAGAUGGAAGGGACAAGGUGCUGGAGACGGUGAACUUUGAACAGAAGUUCAGUACGCUGCCGCAGUUCAAGCCAGAAGCAUGCAGUCCCGGCGCCAUGGUGGUGCCCCGCAGUCCACACUUUUUGCGGAAGAAGCAUAACAAACUCGAGGAUGACAGUGGCGGAGUGACCCCGGCACACCUGGAGGCGGAGGUGCUGAGCGGCGGCGGCAUGCCCACGCCGCACUCCUUCGGCACCCCGCACACCACCACCAAGCUCGUCGGCAACACGUUCUUCGGACCCGACUUUAAUCUCGACAACUUUAGAGCGACGACGGAGCACGGUGGCGAGGAGAUGUCCCCGCACACGCCGUGCAGUGCGAGCGGCGGCGCGGGGGGCGGGGCGGGCGCGCGCGCUGAGGCCGGACACCGCCGCGUGCUGGAGCAGCGCCGACACCUCGUCCUCAAGCUCUUCCAGGAGCACGGCAUGUUCCCCACUACGCAGGCCACCUCCAACUUCCAGACAACGCACAUGGACAUAUUCCCUACGAAGAUGUCGCUGCAGCUGAAGAUCCGCGAGGUGCGCCAGAAGCUGAUGGCGCAGUCCAACCUCACGCCGCACUCAGAGCUCAACACGCCAACUAAUGUGAAUUCUCCGAUAGUAUCCGCAGCGCUGCAGCCCACAUCCACUGCCAGUUAGCGAUGCGGUCACACAUAUGUUCUUCUUUAUAAAUGACAAACAAACUCUGAUUGAAUUCUAACUUGUAAAACCAGAUUUUAUCAAAUAUUUAUAACAGCUGAUUUGAUAAGCAAUCGCUAUAAGAUCAUUUGGAUUACUAAAUUGUAUUGAAAAUUUAAUGUCAGUGAUCCAGGUACUAAUUGAAAAUGGAGUUAAAUAUAAAUUUUAAAUUAAAUUGAAGCUAAUCGUUGGUUUCCGAGACCAAAAUCUUCGUUUAAAAUUUAUUGUUAUCUGUGUUUUGUCAAAGAUGAUGAUAUGUUUUAAAUAUAAAUUUUUGUCUCGGAACCCCACUAUAAGUUAGUUCUAUAUAGAAAAUGUCUUUGAAAAUUCUUUACACAUUGACACUUAAAAAUAAUUCUGGUUCCUGCCAUUCCAAAUGAAAUUCGUUUUUAUUGCUAUUAGCGUUUUCGGUGGAUAAUUCGUUAAUUUUAAUCACUGGUAUUGAAUAAUAAAAAAAAAAUAAGUUCAGAUUUGUUCAGAGUUAUUUUGUUAAAACUUUGGAAAUAUGCGUAUUAUGUACGAAAAAUUAUGUUUUAGGUUAAAUUUUAAAAAUUAUCAAUCUGUUACUUUAUGCCUAUUAUAUGUACUACUUACAUGUUUUUAAGGCAUUUGUACAUUCAUGAGCUUAAACAUUAUAAAAUUAAUUGUAUAUAAUCUGAUAUUUUGUUGUGAAAAUGUUUCACGUACGUGUUGAACAGCAAUAUUUGUAAUAGAACACUAAUUUCUUAUUCGUAUUUGCACAGAAUUUAUUAUAACUCUUUAAUAGAUGAUAAAAUUAUGUACUUUAUCAUCAGGAAUAUAAAAGUACUAUGUAUAUUUGUGGGAGAUCUACAGAUUUGUGUGUGUGUGUGAUGAUUUUUUGACAGUUCUGAAAUUUUCUAUAUCCCACAUUUAUUUUAACUGAUUAAAAGUAAUACAGUUAUUAUUGGACUUAAAUCAUCGUAAUAUUCAUAAAACAUAACUCUAGAUGGAUGUAUCUCUAACCCUGAGUUUCUGAAACCAAAAGCUUCUUUUAAAACAUGUUGUUAUUUCUAUUUUGUCAAGAAUGAAAGGGACAACGAUA